GGAUCUUCUGGCUUGUUUCUCCUCUAGGUAAGUCCCCGAAAAUUCUUAGAAUCUGGAGAGUACAGGAGGGACUGGAGCCUUCCUUAUAUACAAGGAAAUUCCGGUUUUGUUAAGAACUUGACCAAAGGUUUGGUAGUGCAAACCCUUAAGAACAAAUCCACAAUUUCCUUUCAGGUCCUGCCUCUCUGAAGAAUUGUGGCUGUAUGCCAGCAUGUUUAAUAGGAAGCUCCUUCCUUUAUGACAUCACCAGAGAGGUAGCUAAGGGGACUUUACUCGAGCCACUCUUAGAACCGCAGCCACUUUUAGGGGAGCCCAAGAACAGCAGCUUUUAAAACUGAGGGUGAAUAGACUUCGUUAGGAUCCCAAAUACAAGCCAACUAGUGAAGCAUGGCAUCCACCCACAAGGGUGCAGUCUUUCAGAUGGUCAAGACAAAUAAACUUGGGUCCAAGGUGGAGGUUUCAACACAUAAAGGGGCUGAGGUCCACAGCAGCAGUCCUCAGCGGGUGCAAGGCUACCCUCCUACCCACAGCCAGCGAAGCACUGCCAUCUCCUCGAGCCCUCCGCCCCAUCGAAGACCAGAAGCUGCACAUCCCAUCCCUCCCAAGGCGGCCCCAAGCUAUCCUCGCUCUUUCUCCCCAGAGGCAGGCCCUGGUUACUCUUCAGCCCACAUUUCUCGGGGAACCGAGUCCCGGCCCAGAACAGAUGCAUUCCGCCAUUACUCUCCUCAUCGAAAGACCCAGCAAGUUCAGACAGCAACAUCCCACACUGUAAGCACCCAUCGGAAUGUGAGCCCACCCAGAGAGGAUGCAGCACGGAGAGGCAGUGAGAACAAGCCCAUGCGCGAUAUCACCCAGCGGAGCUCAUUAACCCCAGAUGUCAAGUCCUCUCGCCGACUGAGCUUCUUAGAUCAGAAGGAUAACUUUCGUACUCAUAACUUCCAAGAAGAGGAUCCACCUUCCAAGGUACAGAACCCACAAGGCGUUCGAGUGCCUCGUAGAGUUUCGAUUCAACCAAAGGAUGAAGCAGUACAGACCGACCCCAUCCAAAGGACUACCAAGAGUCCCUCCAGGCUAGACCAUGGCAGCAGCCGCCUUACUACUGAACGUUGGGCCACCCUGAAAAAAACUCUUGUCCGGGAGCCGGAAAUGGAUCUUUACAGUUCAGUUCUUUCAGCAACCAAGUCCUUGCAUAAGAACAUAAACUUGGAUUCGUCCCUCAAACUCUCUGUCCUUAGAAAUGUGGAUGGCAGACAGGGAGUUCCCUCAUGUGCUGAGCCGGAGUCUCUCUGCAAGCACUCUGUCUACACUGAAAUCAAGCCCUCAAAACUCUCAACGAUAUCACAGGUGGAGUCCAAUAUGAAGUCUCCAAUCCAAGAAGACACUGACGUUAGUGUCAAGGUUCCCAUUUCCCCAGGACAAUCAGUACCAGCAACUCACUAUGCGAAAGCUCGAUCAAUGUCUGAAAGCUUACCCAGACCUCCUCUGUUUGCCACUGCAGAGCCUUCACAGGGACUCACAGAAAUGAACCACAUGUCCCCAGGACCCACAGCCAGGUAUCAAGAACCAUCCCAAAAGUCUCCCCAUAGUGCAGAACUGGAACUGACUCCUCGGCCUUUACCCCCUCGAUCCUUACCCAGAUAUGGGCCCGAGUCCUCAUGGUGGGCCUUACUGAAUCCUGAAGUUGAAACGUCUCAAAGCCGACCGAUAACACCUGAUUUUGAGCCCAAGACCUCUCCUCCCCUAGACCCGUUCAUGUCCCUUUUGGAAAUGGACUCAAGCCCUUUAUGUGAGGAUCUGAUGUUCCAGAGAGAAAAGGCAAGCCCAUCACUGCCAUUACCAAAGGAGCCUCCAGACCAGACACCCAUGAAGGAAGUGCCAAAGACCCCCAAGCACACCUGGAAACAACCAAUUCAAAGAUGUUUCUGAGGAAAUGUGCAACCGUGUCAUCUGGUGGCUGAAAGGUCUG